CCGCUGAGCAGCGUCGGUCCGAGCCCCUCCUUCCAUUUCCGCUGGCAGGAUCUGGAGCUGUCUCCUGACGCCCGUCUGCAGAUUUCUCAGGACUCGGCCCGACCUAGUCCGGUCCGGUCUGGUCUAGUCUAAUGAGCGAGGAUGUCUUAAACCUGGGAUACCUCCUUGCCGUGGGUGGAAAUAUUCCUACAGUAAAACCGCCGAUGGGCAGGGGGGCUGCCUUUCUCCUUUCCCCUCAGGCUGCAGCGUGGUAUUACAUCAUAGCUGCAGACCUGACCUGAGCGUUGAAUGGGUGAAGCCCUGCAGGUGAUUGUCCAAGAGAAUUUAAGAAGUGCGACAUGACAAGAGGCUGCCUGUGUUGUUUGAAAUAUAUGAUGUUCCUUUUCAAUUUGAUAUUUUGGUUAUGUGGCUGUGGGCUCCUGGGCGUGGGCAUCUGGCUGUCAGUAUCGCAAGGAAACUUCGCUACAUUUUCUCCUAGUUUUCCAUCACUUUCAGCUGCCAACCUAGUCAUUGCCUUUGGCACAGUCGUCAUGGUGACCGGCUUUCUGGGCUGCCUAGGUGCUAUCAAGGAGAACAAGUGCCUACUUUUGAGUCAUUUGUCCAGCAAGGAAGCACAGAGUGUGAGAACCCCUCUUAGAAAACACACCGUGGAUCUCUCCUCUUGCAUAAACCCAGGAGGUUUCAUCAUGAUCCUCACCACUCUGAAGUUUUUCAUCGUUUUGCUGAUAAUUCUCCUGGCAGAGCUGAUAUUACUCAUUUUGUUCUUUGUUUAUAUGGACAAGGUCACUGAGAGCGCAAAGAAGGAUUUGAAGGAAGGUAUGAAGCUAUACAAUUCAGAAAAUAAUGUUGGACUGAAAAAUGCAUGGAAUAUCAUUCAAGCAGAGAUGAAAUGCUGUGGUGUAAAUGACUUUACGGAUUGGUACCCAGUACUGGGAGAAAACAUUGUCCCAGACCGAUGUUGUACAGAAAAUUCCCAAGACUGCGGGCGGAAUUCCACUGAAUUAGUAUGGAAAACGGGUUGUUAUGAGAGAGUUAUGACUUGGUUUGAUGAGAAUAAGCAUGUCCUUGGCUCGAUUGGGAUGUGCAUCCUUAUAAUGCAGAUUCUUGGCAUGGCCUUCUCCAUGACACUCUUCCAGCAAAUUCACAGGACUGGAAAAAAAUAUGAUGCCUAAAGCCUCUGAAACCUUAUCACAUCAAUCCUUCUGUUUGAUCAUAAAAAUGAGCAAAAGGAGUGACUGCAAGGAGUAUCAAGCCCAGCCCUGCUGAGGGAAUCCGUCCCACUGACUGAUCUACUUUGUUGUUACUUGUACAGUUAUUAUUACAGCUUGUUAUUUGAUUCAUAUUUUUGUCUGUUUCACAUUUGCCAUUUAUUUGCCAAAGAGAGGGGGAAAAGCCCCCAAACAAAUGUAUUUUCUACACAAAAUCAUAGAUCUAAGACUAUUCCCUUGAUUUAAGAAAACAUUUUGUUCUUCCAAUAUGUGCUAUAUGUGCAAAAAUUAUAUAUAUAAAACUUUAAGGGAGAAUUCUUCAAAGUCUUCCAUUAAGUUUUCAACCCUCAUGUUCAGUUCACUGGAAGUCCUGGAAAAGCCACUCUGAGAGUCCUAGGAAUUGGAGCUGAUUUGCUUUGCAGCUACUUGUACCUGAUGGUGUAUACUUUUUUUGUUAUGAUAAUGAUGAUCAUUAUUAAUAUGAUAAAUAUAGCUUAGAAUUUAGUAGCCUGAUUUAUAGCUUCUUACUAUAUUUGUUUUUACACAUUUAUUGUACAUUAGUGUAGAAACCACUGUGCAGUCUCCUAAGGACAUGUUUUUCAAAGUUGACAGUUAGGAGGGACAGAUAAAGAGAAUGUUUCUCAAGUUCUUGAGGAGCUUCCUACUCCUAUGAGGCUAAAUUUCAAUGUCUUUACCCAGCCAAAGCAGACUGUGCCUCUUGAUGGCCCUUGUUAGACUACGUUGAUAUCAUGCUACUUUGAAAUCUAAAAGUACUGGCUAAGCGAGUGAAUUCUCCCUGGCAUAAGGGAGAAAGGUUGCAGUCUGACCUGCUGGCCAUUUGGCAGCAGACUUCACAGACCAUAUUGUCUGUUUCAAAAAGUUUGCCUAAAGCAUGGCAUGUUACUAGAUAUUAGAAAGAGGAGUAGCAAUUUUAUUACAGUGUUGUCAUGCUACGCCUUUCAGUGAAUGGGUUCCCUCAAAAAGAUGACAGCUAUUUCUCUGAGCUGGGAAAGGUGUCUCAGGACAGAGAGGAAAAUGAAUUUGAUUAAAGAAGACCAGAUGCAGAAAAGGGGCAAUUUCCAAAAAACACUUAGACUAUGCACUGUCACACCUUCAGCACAGAAUUGGUUCACGCUGGGAGAUUGCCAAGUCUAUGCAAUGAGGUGAUCCAGAGUUCACUGGGAUGUGAUACAUAUUUUUUAGCCACGUUCUGGCUACAAAAUUUGAACAAAAAUUCUAGUUUAAAUGCUAUUUCAUUGCAAGCCAUGCCAUUUACUUUUUUUUUCUGAGAUCUUUCCUAAGUUUUGCAGUUGUGAGGGAAGAAGAAAAGGCCAUUGGAGGAUGUUGUAAUUUAACUCCAGUCAGAGCUCAACUCAGCUCUGAAAGGAAUACUACUGUUUAUAUUAGCAGCAGUUAGAAGGGACCUUUGUAGGUUAGCUCAUCCAAUGUCACUCUCAAAAGACAGCUGUGACCUGUGUGAGGUGGAGUUGACUGUGAUGUUAUUAGACUGAAUAACAGAAAUUGCUGAGGAUGGAGUUCUUACGCCUCUGUGGUACCCCUUUCAGAGCCAUGCCAUGUCAAACUACUCCUGUGGUAAACAUAUUUCUCCUAAUGUCCAGUCUGAAUAUUUAUGCUUAAAACUCUUAAAAUAUAUUAGUUUCAGUGUAUAAUUCAGCCAAUCUUUUAAUGAUGGGCUGACAUAACUGUUGGGCCACUUCCUGUCUGGGAAGUAUUAGUCCCCUGUUUAUGUUCCUAGUAGAUCCUGUUUGCAUUUGUAAAUCGGACAGCAGUAGCAUUUUGUGUGGACUGUGUGUCACUUUUUGAAGUUCCUUUGAGAUCAAUAUGACAGAAAGAGUGUGAAUGCAUAAGAUAUAGAGAUGAAUUUGGGUUUUGGGUAUUACAGUGAAGAAGGAGGUUACUGAUCUUAAAGCAUGGCCCCUUGUCCACAUGAGCAUGAUGCUUGAAGUUUCACAAAUCUUUUUCCCACUGAAGCAGACAACACCAUAUGGGCUCAGCUAUUUAAUUUGCGUCGCCUUUGAAAAUCAGGGAAGGAGUAGAAGGAAAGCACAGUAACUGAAUCCAGUUUUAAUUCCAUUUCUAACAAAAAUUGGGACCAGGAGCAUCUGAGCCUCACUGGAGAUGUUGCUCAUCAAAGAAGGGGCUCUGAUGCCCAGUGUACUUGCUGCUACAUGUAAGACUGUAUACAAAAUUACUAAAAUGUGUUCCUAUUUCUACAAGAAAAGACAGAAUAGUUUUCAUCUAAUGGCUCUAUUACACUCUCCCUUUAGGCAGAGUUGCUUUCUUUGUUGUUUUUUUUUUUUCUCUGGGGUUCAAGAAGAACAGGAUGCAUCACAUCACAUCUGUCCUUUUGGGUUGCACAGUGGUACCUACUACAACUUAAAUUUCAAUUUACAUACAGUUUUUGUACGAAAAAUAUUAGUGAAAAUGAUAGGAAAGUAAAAACAAAAGUUUGAGUAACACAGAGAAGAAAUGCGUAGUUGCAAAUUUGACUAUUUUGCCUUCCAUACAAAGUUAUUUUUGUAGAAUGCUUCAUUCCAUUUCACAAUCUAAUAGUAAGUAGCAUAGAUCCUGAAGUCUUUUUCUAAAGACUACUUUUAUCAUUCUAAGCACAAUAUUAAUUGAAGUAGUUACACAAGCUUUGUGUAUUCAUCUCUGUGAAGCCACUCUACAGUAAGGUAGUCAAGAGCAGGGCUGAUUUGUGUCUCUAGCUGACUCACUGAUGUGGGAGAAGACCGACAUCCUGAAAGGAGAAGAAAAGUAAUGCCAUUUUCCUAGGCAACAAAAAGAGCCUUGGAAAGUGUGAGGCUGCAUCAGUAAGUGUCAGAGAAGGCACUGUCUGCCUCUUAACUGUUUGGUCAAAGGGAGCUUUCUCUCAUGUAUGUAUGCACUUUUCUUGCUUAUGCUGAUGGGUGGCUGUCUAUGUGUUUUCCCCAAACAUCAUUUUUGUUAUCUAGCUACAAGUUUUUAGCAUGUUUUUAAAUAAAAAAAAAGUGAUAAUUGAGUAGAAAUAUAUUUAGUAUACACAAAUAUUGAUUUGUAUAAGUACAUACCUCUCUGCAUCUCUAAUUCAUGAAAGCACAGUUCAAGUGUGUGAAAAUGCUGUUUCUUUGAGUAUUUCUUCAGAUUGUAGUGUAUCUGCCGUCUCACUGUGCUUUGUGUUUGGAAGCUGCAUCAGCACUUAGCAGAGACAUAUUGGGAAAACUGCUUGAAGGAACCUCUGCUUGAAAACUGUGGAAGUGAUAGCAGUGAAUUAUGUUUCCUUUUGGUGGUGCCGAGGUUUUUAGUUAUAGGAAUCGCAGGUGGAGAGCACUGAAAAGAACACUCUCUCUGCACAUAGUUAAGUAGUAUGUGAGAUGUUAAUGGCAGAAAUUUAUCAAUGAUAACAGGAGGUUAUUUGUGUAUGCGAUGCAUUGAGUUCUUCGACUGUGGUCAAGUUAUGCCAACUCUCUUACCUGUGUCCCUCCCUACCGUCUCCAUUAUUAUUAAUAUACAUGGACUACAAACACACACAGGAGAAGUGCAAGCAGAAGACAGCAGAAUUGCUUCUUGUGGUCUUUCUUGGGCAGCAUGUUGAUCAGGUAUAGGGAAGACAAGAAAGGAAAGGGUAUUUUCCCAGCAGAUGGUUUUUGGGAGCAGCAUGGAAUAGGGCACACAUUCUGAUGUAACUUCCUUUUAUAGGGUUGAACAGCUUCAUCCUGUAGCUUAUGUGGAGAAACACGGAGAUGUUUGCCUACAGGCUAGCCAUCCGUUGUGCAGUAGAUAGUAGACACAAAGAAACAACAUGCCAUUCCCACCAGGUGAUGUUUGCACCAGUGUUUCUUCUAUGCAAUACCUUUUUUUGCCUUUAUAUAAAAGUUUUUUAAUAGGAUGAUACACAAAUAAAGGAUAUUUUAAAAGGUGA